GUUCUUAUAAUUAACGAGAAAAACACAUCUGAAAGAAAAAAGAAGAAGAAAAAAAGGGGAACCCUAGCCAUGGCGACAAACCUAAUCAGAAGAUCCAGAAAACUAUUCACAUCAAGUCGUGGUAUCCUUUCUCUUCAAACUACUAACAGAUGUUUAUCAACAUCACCUGCAAUCUUAUCGGAUUCACCCUCAGAAUUAACAGGUCCCCCACCACCUAAUGUUAUGAUCUAUGAUCGUCUGGCUGAAGAAGCUAAAUCCAAAAUCAAAAAACUUGAAAAUCCAGAUUCUAGGUUUCUUCAAUAUAACUCUCCUCAUCCAGUUAUAUCUGAUCAUUCAAAAAUCUUAUCUGCACCUGAAACUAGGGUUACGACUUUAGAAAAUGGUCUGAGGAUUGCUACUGAAUCAAAUCUAGCUGCGCGUACAGCUACUGUUGGUGUUUGGAUCGAUGCUGGUAGUAGAUAUGAAGAUGAUGAAACUAAUGGUACUGCUCAUUUCCUUGAACAUAUGAUGUUUAAAGGAACUGAGAAGAGAUCUGUUAGGGCUUUGGAAGAAGAGAUUGAGAAUAUGGGAGGUCAUCUCAAUGCUUAUACAUCUAGGGAACAGACUACUUAUUAUGCUAAGGUUAUGGAUAAAAAUGUUCCUGAUGCAUUAAAUAUUCUUGCCGAUAUUUUGCAAAAUUCUUCCUUUAGCGAGGAUCGUAUUACUAGGGAACGUGAUGUUAUUCUGCGGGAAAUGGAAGAGGUUGAAAGCCAGAAUGAAGAAGUAAUAUUUGACCAUUUACAUGCAACAGCGUUCCAGUACUCUCCACUAGGUAGAACCAUUCUGGGACCAGCUGCGAAUAUUAAGGCUAUUACCAAAAAGCAUCUUGAGACUUACAUUAAGAGUCACUACACUUCCCCAAGAAUGGUUAUAGCAGCUGCUGGGAAUGUGAAGCAUGAUGAUAUUGUUAAUCAAGUAAAGAAGCAUUUUACAAAAUUGUCAACUGAUCCUACAACAACUGCUGAUCUGGCUGAAUUUGAACCAGCAAUUUUUACUGGUUCUGAGGUUAGGAUAAUUGAUGACGAUGUUCCUCUUGCACAAUUUGCGGUAGCGUUCAGUGGAGCAUCUUGGACAGACCCAGAUUCUGUUGCAUUGAUGGUUAUGCAGUCCAUGUUGGGUUCCUGGAAUAAGAGUGCGGGAGGUGGAAAGCACAUGGGUUCACCGCUUGCACAGAGGGUUGGCAUCAAUGACGUAGCUGAGAACAUGAUGGCCUUCAAUACCAACUAUAAGGACACUGGGCUGUUUGGUGUUUAUGUGACUUGCAAGCCCGACUGCUUGGACGAUCUGGCCUAUGCCAUUAUGUACGAAGUAAGCCAGUUAUCCUAUAGAGUCUCAGAGGCGGAUGUCACUCGUGCGCGCAAUCAGUUGAAAUCUUCUCUUCUACUUCACAUUGAUGGAACAAGUCCAGUUGCUGAAGAUAUUGGGCGUCAGCUGCUUACAUAUGGUAGAAGAAUACCGUUUGCUGAACUGGUAGCGAGGAUUGAUGCUGUUGAUGCAAGUACCGUAAAACGUGUUGCUAAUCGUUUUAUCUUUGAUAAGGAUAUUGCGAUCGCUGCAAUGGGACCCAUUCAGAAGCUGCCAGACUACAAUUGGUUCAGACGCAGAACCUACUUGAACCGUUACUAGGUAGAGGGGAUGUGUUUAAUUUUAUUAAGUUACUCAUGUUCUGUCAUUUUUUUCUCCAUGGUCAUUUGGAUGGCAACGAUCCUAUAGACAGAGGAUUACAGCUGCACACAUCUUUCUUUUCAGGAACCCUUGGGGCCUUUAUAAUUUUACCUUGUUUUAUGUGUCUAUUUUGGUUCUGUAAAAUCCCUCAAGUUCUGGGGUCAAAGUAAUAAUUUCAUCUUAAAUGACAAAGUUGCACUUUUGCAUAAUGAAAUUUCUUAUAAACAUCUCCACAAA